AUGGCCCUGUCCCUGCCGAGUGGACCUGCAAAGCAAAUGGAGACUGAAAAGGACAUGGAGCAACGGUUCAAAACGACAAUUGACAACCUGGUCGCGGAGUGGGACGAGAAACUGUCCAAGGACGAGGACUGGGCCGACAAGGACAGAAGCGCCAAGAUCAGAGAGAUCUUCGUGAGCGAGAUCUGGAGUCAAGUCAAGGACGGUUACGACAAGAUGCUGCAAGACCUUAAGGCGCAUUUCAAGGCCCGUCUCGAAGCGAAGGACAUCGCUGCCGACUUGUUUGCGAGGGUCAAAGAGGUUGGCUCGAUCAAGACCACCCUUGAGCGUCGGGAAAAGACCAAGCUUUUCGCAAGCAUCAACGACGUCUUCAUCGAGAUGCACGACCUUGUGGGGCUCCGGAUCGUGCCACACACUUCCGAAGCCCGAAAAGAAGUUCAGGACUUUAUCGACAAAGAGUUCCAUCAGCUGAAGCCAACAGCGCACAUCUCGUCGGACCGCAAGGUCGGCGAAUUCUGGGACGUGCGCUUCGGAGCUUACGAGUCUAACAAUCACCGAGUCGGUAUCAACCUGGAGUAUGGCGCAUACGGUGGAAGUUUGUCAUCCUACGAGGGUGUCAUGUUCGAAAUCCAGGUGACAUCCUUAGCCGACAUGCUCGGCAACAUCCUUGCGCACCCGCUCCAGUACAAGAAGAAGCACGGCCCGCUCGACAAGCGAACGGAACAGACGCUGGACCUCUUGAAGGGAACCUUCAAAUUCCUUGACGUGCACCUCGAGCAGUUCUUCGACGCGUACGAUGCCAUGCUCGAGGAGAAGGCGAUCGAGGCCGAGUCUGGCUCAGGCUCAGGGCGAGUCAUGACCAAGGCAGCCAAAGCUGCUGCCUUAGGUGAUUUGGGCAAGAUGAGAGCAGAUGUGGCAGCGGCUGUCACGAAAGCUCUCGAGGAGCGUAUGCACCAUUUGGCGGACGGCGUACCAGACACGCCUUUCAGUGCGCCUGAAUACUGGCGUCAAAUAAAAAAGCAGAGCAACCAGUUGAAGGAAUUUCAGCGCAAGUUCCAACAGCAACAAGACCGUCAAUACCUGGAAAAGCUUCCAGUGGCAAAAGGCGCUGCAUUCGAUGCCCAGGCGAACGAACACGACCCUAGCUGUCACCCCGACACCCGCGUGGACCUUCUCGCCGACAUUCACAAAUGGAUCGAGGAUCCCAACGGAAAAUGCAUUUUCUGGCUGCGUGGCAUGGCCGGCACCGGCAAGUCCACCAUCUCUCGAACAGUGGCCAAAAAGCUUUCUACGGCAAAGGUGCCCAGUGCGAGCUUCUUCUUCAAGAAAGGCGAGGGCGACCGCGGCAGCGCGGCCAAAUUCUUCACCACCAUACUCGCCCAGCUCGUCCGCCGGGUGCCGAUCUUGGCAUCACAUGUCCAAAGCGUAAUCGAGAACGAUCCAGCCAUCGUCGACAAGAACAAGAAAGAGCAGUUCGAAAAGCUCAUCCUUGAACCACUGAACAAGUGCAAGGUUGCCAGUUCCCCGCUGCUUGCUGUGGUGGUGGAUGCCCUUGACGAAUGCGAUCGAGAAGAGGAUGCGAAGGUUCUUGUAUAUCUUUUCUCGAGAGCUGGGGAGGUCGCGUCAUUCCGUCUCCGAUUCUUCGUCACCAGCAGACCCGAGUUGCCCAUCCGCCUUGGCUUUAAAGAAAUCGGCGACAACUACCAGAACCUGGCCCUCCAUAAAGUGCCUAAGCCCGACAUAAAAAGGGACAUUUCCACGUUUUUACGCUCAGAACUAGACCGCAUCCGUCAGGAUUUCAAUAAAACCGUACCAGGACCAGGUUUGCCAUCUGAUUGGCCCCCACCAGCCCGUUUUAAGGAUCUCGUCAACAUGGCUGUACCGCUUUUCAUCUUCGCAUCAACCGCUUGCCGCUUCAUUGCCGAUAUCCACUACGGCAAUCCUAUGGAGCAGCUAGACAAAGUUCUCGAGUACAAAACAAAAAGAGGACGGUCUCAACUGCACGCAACAUACCUGCCAAUUCUAAACCAGCUUCUUCUUAAGCGCACAAAUACAGGGUCGGAUAAACGUACAGGGGAAGAAGAAGCCCAAAUCAUUGCGUGGUUCCGCGAUAUCGUUGGAACCAUCGUACUACUUGCCGACCCUCUCCCUUCCGCAUCGCUGGCACUUAUCCUCGGCAGAACUCAGCACGACGUGGACUCGAAGCUGUGCACAUUGCAUUCUGUCCUUGAUAUUUCGGAUGAUCCCCUCGUCCCUGUCAAGCUGCUCCACUUGUCCUUUCGCGACUUUCUCGUUGACCAAGAGAAUCGCGAUGCGAAUCCCUUCUGGGUUGACGCGCAAAGGACCCAUGAGCAGCUGGCAGGCCGCUGCCUCAAACUGCUGUCAACUGGCGACACCCUUAGAAGAGACGUUUGCGAUCUGCGCCAUCCCGGCACACUCCGGUCCGAAACCAGCCUACAGACUAUCAAUACUGCCUUGCCGCCCGAAGUUCAGUAUGCCUGUCGAUACUGGGUCCAUCACUGGAAGGAGAGCAGACGGCAGAUACGAGAUGGUGAUCCGGUUCACCUCUUUCUGACUGAUCGUCUGCUGUACUGGCUUGAAGCUUUGGGCAUAACGGGGCGAAUCCUGGAAAGCUUUGACAUGGCAAACUGUCUGCUGGAUAUGCUCCAGCCGGAGAACAGUACUGCAGCGUCAGCGUUGAUUCAUGAAUUGCAGCGUUUUCUUUUAGCGAAUGCUACUGUUGUCGAUGCAUCACCUCUCCAGAUCUACUACUCGGCCCUGGUGUUUGCACCAGAAAAAAGUAUAGUUCGGAAACUAUGGCGUAAAGAAUUUCCGAAUUGCAUUUCAUUACUAUCACCAGUGGAUUUGAAUUGGAAUGCGUACCAGACGCUCGACGGGCACAGCGGUUCGGUCAGGUCCGUCGCGUUCUCGCCCGACGGCCAGAGGCUCGCGUCGGCCUCUGACGACGAGACCGUCAAGCUCUGGGACGCGACGACGGGCGCGUGCCUGCAAACGCUCAAGGGGCACAGCGGCUGGGUCAGGUCUGUCGCGUUCUCGCCCGACGGCCAGAGGCUCGCGUCGGCCUCUGACGACGAGACCGUCAAGCUCUGGGACGCGGCGACGGGCGUGCGUGUUAGGGAUCACCGGUACCAAAAAGGCGAGGCUGCAGCAAAGUACCGCAAAUUUGACGAUUUGAAGCUAUGGUACAAAGGAAGAAUUGGUGCGCUGCACCGAAUCCAAUCUGCAAUGUUUUCUCGGGCAACGUUCGAAGGGCACAGGGGCGGGGUUAACUCUGUCGCGUUCUCGCCCGACGGCCAGAGGCUCGCGUCGACCUCUGACGACAAGACCGUCAAGCUCUGGGACGCGGCGACGGGCGCGUGCCUGCAAACGCUCAAGGGGCACAGAAUUUGGGUCAACUCUGUCGCGUUCUCGCCCGACGGCCAGAGGCUCGCGUCGGCCUCUUUCGACAAGACCGUCAAGCUCUGGGACGCGGCGACGGGCGCGUGCCUGCAAACGCUCAAGGGGCACAGCAGCUGGGUCAGGUCUGUCGCGUUCUCGCCCGACGGCCAGAGGCUCGCGUCGGCCUCUUACGACGAGACCGUCAAGCUCUGGGACGCGGCGACAGGCGUGUGCCUAACGACGCUCGAUGGGGUAACUUCCACUUUAUCAUUUGAUAAGACAGGCUCGUACCUCCAUACAGAUUUUGGGACUAAAUUGCUACAUAAAAAACCAGCUGCUGGUCCAGCAACGGUUCAAGCUCAUUUGCAGCACCAAGAUUUUGAAGGUGUUGGCACCAGUGCUAAUAAAGCAUGGAUCACCUGGAAUGGAAAGCGCUUUGUGUGGCUGCCUACUGAAUACCGUGGGCAAUGUACAGCCAUAGCAGGAUUAACAAUAGCUUUAGGCUGUUCAUCCGGGCGGGUGUUGUUCUUCCAGUGGUCAGGAGCCUCUUGAUGGAGAAAGUUUUCCUUGCUUUCAAUCCUCUUUUUUCUUUUCUCUUUGCCCGUUCCCGGGUCGCAGGGGACCGCGCAUUUUUAUAGGUUUGUACUGCUCUUGAAGAAUAUGUUGGGACCGUC